AUGGCAGGGCUCCGUGUGGUUGACGUACGCGUCGAUCAUUAUCGGCAGCCGUAUACCCUCGGUAUCCACGUAGAGAGACCUCGGAUCUCCUGGCGAUUCAGCAACGCGCCCUCAAAAUUCAAUAUUGGCGGUUGGGAAGUCAAGAUCCAGAACCCCAACGGGUCUCAUUCAGUUAUCCAGAACAAGUCCGGCAGCCAGGAGAGCAGCUCACCGUCAGCCGAAUGGCCCGAAGACAUCACCAUACAAUCUCGGCAAACGUACUCAAUAGAGGUGAGGGCCAAAGGCGAAAACGAAAACGACUUCUCGCCAUGGAGCGAACCCUUUAUUUUUGAGACCGGCCUUCAAAUACGCAGCGACUGGACCGGUAAACUGAUCUCGGCGCCGUGGGCGGAAGAUAGCCAGAGCGGUCCCCAAUCGGAGGACUUAUUCCGAAAGGUCUUCAAAGCGAAGGGCAAAGUCCGCUCUGCACGACUUUACGCUACGGCACAGGGUGUCUACGAAGCUGAGAUCAAUGGCCAGAGAGUGGGCGAUUACUUCUUGGCCCCUGGUUGGACGGCGUACGACGGGAGACUGCAAUAUCAGACUUACGACGUCACGUCGCAGAUUACAUCGAAUGCGUCGAAUUGCAUCGGCAUCCGCGUGGCUGAAGGCUGGUUCAAUGGUCGCAUUGGUUUCGAAGGUGGUAAACGGAGCAUUUGGGGUACGCGGACUGCAGCUCUUGCCCAGCUUGAAAUCAAAUAUGAGGAUGGUUUCAUGGAGACUGUGGCCACGGAUGGUAGCUGGGCAACUACUCAAGGACCCAUUAAGCUUGCAGAGAUAUACGACGGCGAGAAGUACGACGCUACCGCGGAUAUGCCGGGAUGGUCGAGCAGUGGUACACCUUCCGGAACAUGGGAUACAGUACAGGUACUCCCUCAGAUCCCUGAAUCGACGGAUCUCAUAUGCGGCUACGGGGAACCAGUCAAGAGACUCGAAUAUGUGAAACCUGCGGAGUUGAUCACGACCCCUUCAGGCAAGACAAUCCUAGACUUCGGCCAGAACCUCGUCGGAUUCAUUCGUCUCAACAAUGUCAGAGGUCAGCGAGGCAGCAAAAUCGCUCUACGCCACGCGGAAGUCUUAGAAAAAGAGGAACUAGGAACUAGACCUCUACGAGACUGCAAAGCCGAGGACAUUUACACUCUCAGAGGAGACGACAAGGGCGAAACAUGGGAACCGCGAUUUAGCUUCCACGGCUUCCGUUACGUCCAAGUCGAGGGUUGGCCUUCGACCGCGCCCAUCCUCAAAGACUCCAUUGAGGCCUGCGUGUGCCACACAGAUAUGGAAGAAGUCGGCAACUUUUCGUGCUCUGACGAUGACUUGAACAAGCUCUACAGCAACGUCCGGUGGUCAAUGCGCGGCAACUUCCUGUCCGUGCCGACUGAUUGCCCUCAGAGAGAUGAAAGACUGGGGUGGACGGGAGAUCUGGCAUUGUUUGCGCCGACGGCUACUUUCAUUUACAACUGCUUCGGGAUUCUGAAGAACUGGCUAGCCGAUGUUGCCCACGAUCAAAAGGUUCUGAAUGGCGUUCCGCCGAUGGUGUCCCCGAACGUGCUCAUCGGACAGAAGAACUGGAGCAAGAUUGGCGCCAACGCGAUCUGGCAUGAUGUGGUGAUACUUGCACCGUGGGCACUUUACGAAGAGUCUGCCGAUCUUGGUAUCUUGAGAGACCAAUACCAGUCCAUGAAGACUUGGAUUGACGUGAUUCCCCGGAACAAGAUCGGCUCUACCCAUCUUUGGGACUUUGGUCUCUUCCAGCUUGGUGACUGGCUGGACCCCAACGCACCUCCCGACGAGCCCAUGAAGGCAGUGACUGAUCCGCCCUUGGUCGCCAACGCCUUUCUUGUUAGGUCCCUUGACCUAAUCGCCAAGAUCGCCGCGCUCUUAUGUCAACCCGAAGACGCUGAACGCUAUCAGAAAGAAGCCGAUGCUGCCCGCCGGGAGUUCCAAGACGAAUACAUCAGCAGCAAUGGGCGUCUUACGUCAGACUCGCAGACCGCGUACGCCCUAGCAAUCUGCUUCGACCUCAUUUCGGAGAAACAGGCAGUCAGGGCAGGUAGCCGACUCGCAGAAGUUGUCCGCCGCAACGGCUUCAGGAUCGGCACCGGCUUCGCGGGAACACCGUACAUCUGCGAAGCUCUCACUCUCACUGGUCAUAGCGAUGUAGCCUACGCGAUGCUCCUCAACCGUAAGUGUCCUUCGUGGCUGUACCCCGUCACAAUGGGGGCGACGACGGUCUGGGAGCGCUGGGAUAGCAUGUUGCCCGACGGUACAAUCAACCCCGGCGACAUGACAUCUUUCAAUCACUACGCCUUUGGGGCGGUUGCCAAGUUCCUCAUUGAGAGGCUUGCGGGCUUGCAGCGCUUGGAGCCUGGAUGGAGACGGUCGAGAGCGGAGCCGAUCUUGGGCGCUGAGUUUACGCAUGCCUCUGCCGAGCAUGUCACCCCAUAUGGAAAUGUCUCUUGCGCAUGGAAAUUGGUUGAUGGAGGAGACGGGCGUCUACGACUCAAGGUGGAUGUGGCUGUGCCACCUCUCACUGAGAUGGAAGUAGUUUUGCCGACCAAAGAUGACAAGAGGGUGGAGGUGGUAGGAUCAGGCGAAUGGUCAUUUGAGACUGAAUUUGAGCGCAAGUAUGAAUGGCCGGUCAAAGAACUGUCUCUCUUCCCGCAGUAG